AUGAAUAGAAAUUUCAAUAACUUAAGAGUAUAAUCAAAAUUUGAAUUUGAUGCUAUCAUUUCAUAAUUGGAUAAUGGAUCUCCAUUAACAUAAAUUCAGGUUAAGAAAUUUUCAGGAAUUAAGAACCUUGAUCUAUUUGAAGCACAAGAUUAAGACGAUAAAUAUGAAACCCCCAAAGAAUCAUCUAAUUCCUUAAUGGAUGAAGUGCCUAAUAUCAAGGAGAGGAAUAAGGAAUUCUGA